GAUGUUAGAUAUUAUUGAUAGUAUUGCAGAUAUAGUCAAACCUUUCCUACCUUUUGUUAGCUUUGUAAUAAAUAUUAUAAGUUCAGUUAAAGAUGCUUAUCAGAAGGCUCAAUAUAACAAGAAAACAUGUACUGUAUUAGUCAUUUAUGUUAAGACUGCACAACUAUCAAUACAAGCUCUUAUUCACUAG